CCACUCAAACCGCAGUUAACUUAUCAUAUCAUUAUGAUAUUUUCGUCGGACAGUAUUGCAGUGUCAAUACCACAAACAACAUGUCUGACUUAAAGAUUCCCAAUCUAGAAGACCUCCUCCAACUCGACGAAAAAAUCGCGUUCACAAAAAUCAAAUGUCUGACGGCACCGGGCGAAAAUUACGGAAGUUUAAUGUUAAGUGUGGACGUCACCACCGAAAGCAACCACGAACUCAAAGUUGUGGCCAAAACUCUACCCCCGAAUCCCAAAAUGCAAGAAAUGUUCGACAGUCCGGUGACCUUCCGCAACGAAAUCGCGUUCUACAAAACCAUCAUUCCCACUUUGAGGAGCUUCCAGAAAAAGCACGGCGUGAAAAAGGUGAUGAACUUCGCGGCGAAGUAUUACGGAAGUCGACCGAAUUUGCACCACAAAGACGACAAAAUUGAUCAAGACGCUGUAUUGCUUCUAGAGAAUCUGAAGGUUAGUGGUUUUGUCAACGUGGAGCGGACGGAAGGGUUUGAUUUAGACACCUCCAAACUCAUCCUUCGCGAUUUGGCGCAGCUGCACGGAAUCGGGAUCGCUCUAAAACUGCAAGAACCGAAAAUCUUCAAUCAGAAAGUUCGACCGUACUUGACGCCGCUCACUCUACCUGAGGAAGCACACGACGACUGGAAAGACAAGUACUUGAAGAUCAUCCACAGCAUUCCUCGACUGGAACCGUAUUUGGAACGUUUGAAGAAAGUUAAUUUCGAUAUGAAAGGUCCACCUCCACCCCGCGAGCCGUUUGCGAGCAUCUCCCACAACGAUUGUUGGGUUAACAAUGCUAUGGUGAAGUUCGAAAAUGGUAAAGCUGUUGAGAGUAGGUUGGUGGAUUUUCAAAUCAGUGCCUACGCUUCUCCGGCUAAGGAUGUGUUGUUCUUUUUGUUUUCGAGCUUGCGCAAUGAUGUUUUGAGAAAGAACUGUGAUGGUUUGAUUCGGUACUACCAUGAAAAUUUGAUCGGAGUACUGAAGGAACUGAAGUGUGAUACGAAACCGUUUUGCUUUGAAGAAUUUAAGAAAGAGUUGGAUUUUGAGGCAAAACAUACACAGUUCGUGGACACAGUUUUGAUGCUUAUACCUAUUUUUGCACCUAAGUUGAAGGUGAAAGAUUGGGCGGAGAUUGAACCAACGGAUAUUGGAAAUAAUGAACCCACAGAGCUGCAUAUGGAGAAGUUGGUGGUUAUUGUGGAAGAGUAUGCGAAAAGGGGAUGGAUUUGACUAAAACGUGUAAUAUAAAAAUAAAGUGUAAUAAAAUAAUUAUAAAUAAAACUAAAAAAUUGCUCUAA